CACUAUAUCCAACCAAUUACCGGCAACAGACGUCUAGAAUCUCCAGAUCAAUUCAAUCCAAUUCAGUUCAAUCCCGUGUCGCGUGUCUCGACCCUCCUCAUCAAAGUCCCUCAUCGUCCGUCCGUGCGACAUCUCCCGUUUCAGCUCACCACCAAAUGUGACCACACUACCGAAACUACCCCCCUCAGCUCCCCUUUCUCUUUACAAAAAGCCCGUGUGGGUUUUAUCUUUCGAUUUCGUGAAGUCUUCAGCUUGUGAUUUCCGCCCGUUCAACUCAAUUCACUUUCCUCCACUCAUCUGAACCUCGCGAGACCUCGCUGCGGUGCCCUGCGCAUCCCCCGCAUACCUUGACAUCAACAACACCAAAACUCAUUACAAAACAACCACCACCAUGUUCAGCAAACUCGGCACGAAAAUCGCCCUCCAGCGCGCCGGCCUGGGCAACGUCUCUCUCCCCUCCCUCCCCAAAUCCGAGUCGAACGGCGGCGGCGGCGGCGGCGACUCCACGGGCGCAGGCUUCCAGAACCCCUUCGCCAACGUGCAAUGGGGCGUGCCGAAGGCAUUCCAAUCGUGGCAGACGCCGCCGCCGCCCGCGAACGCCGUGCGUGAGCCUCCGGCCGUGGGGUCGCGCGCCCAGAGCAACGUGAAGCUGAAGUUCCCGGCCAUCGACGGCAGGCCGUGCAUUGUGUUCUUUCUGAGAUAUUGCGGGUGUCCUUUCAGCGAAAAGCUCUUCCUCGCCCUGCGCUCCCUCUCGAACCGCCACCCCGGAAUCCACUUCAUAGCGAUAUCGCACUGCACGCCCGCGGCGACGGACGCCUGGGUCAAGAAGCUGGGUGGAGCCUGGAACGUCGACGUCGUCGUCGACCAGACACGCGAGCUGUACGCGCUGUGGGGCCUCGGCAUCUCUAACUGGGGACACCUGCUGCACCCGCGCAACGGAUACAAUCAGGUGCUAUUGGGGAGGAAGGAGGGUGUCUGGGGGAGUCCCGUGGGUGACGGUGGGUGUAGGUGGCAGACGGGGGGCGUGUAUGCGGUGGAUGAGAAGGGGGUUGUGCAGUGGGGUGGGCCGAUGAAGAGUGUGGAUGAGUUGAUUGAGUUCGAGGAUGGGGUCAAGGCGUUAGGGUUUAGAGGGCCGAUGCAGAGUAGGACUGGAGUGUUUUAAGAAGGAGAAGGCAAGGAAUGUGCUGUUGAUUGAGUCAAAUCUUUUGUAUGCAUCUUUGGCGAGGCGUUCUGCUAAACAGCGGGGAAAUUCAAUCCAUCUUUUUUUUUUUACCAAAGGGUGCCUUUUCAGCAAAUUAAUCUCAAUUUUUGGGGGUAUAUGCUCUCUACAUUGGAU